AUGGCGGAAACACAAUCUUCGGACGUGUCACCAAGGCGGCGGUCGACGGGUGCGGCCGGCCCCAAGCUGCGGGACAGCUGCGAUGGUUGCGCAACUUCCAAGCUGAAAUGCAGCAAGGAAAAACCAGUAUGUGCCCGGUGCGCAAAACGUGGCAUGAAGUGCGAAUAUUUCGCAACCAAACGAGCAGGCCGGAAGCUGGGCGGUCGACGAGGCACCAAUGCCACGAACGUUCCUCACACAGCAUCAACGUUACCCUGGUCCAUCUCAACGGCGGACUCCCUUGCAUCACCGGACGCCAUCCAGCUCUCUUUCCUUCAGCACGAAUCCACUUAUCCAGAUAUCCUGCCGGACCUUCUCUCGGCAGGUUCUACUGCAUCGUCAACGCCAGGAACCUUGAUCAGCCAAAUCGAUGACUUCUUCGCUUCACCAAUCUCCUUCUUCGACACAUCAGACACUGCCAAUGGAACAGACUGCCACCCCAGCGCUCAAGACAUCACCAGCUUGCUUGACCAGAAUGGAACGUCUCUUCUCCUGCAGGAUGACGCUUUUUCGGCAGUAGACGAAGUCAUUCCCGACCUUGACACUGCGUUCAAACCUCAGACUCCUCCAGCUUCUCAGCGCUCCACAAGCCACAACGAAUUCCUCUCGGAAUCUCCAUGUUGCUGCUUGAUACGAGCACUCAGCCUCUUCAAACAGCUGUUUCCAAACCCUUCCAUGUCCUGCUCAAGGUCAGAGUCCCACGGCAGCGAGAAAGAAGAUAGCGCAGACCAAUUCCCCACGCUAGAGGCGGUGGUACGUGAGAACGAGCGGACGAUUGAAGCAAUCAGCAGCAUGCUGGAAUGCACGUGCUCGGAAGAUGGCUACCUCCUCUCCAUCAUGUCUCUCAUCGUGCUGAAGGUCCUCGGCUGGUAUGCCGCGGCCGCGCGCAGGGAAGCUCGUUCGGACGAAAGCCGGAGCCUGCAGAAACACCAUCACAUGGAGGGGCUUCUCAAGGGUCCGGGAGCUGUUGUUGUAGGUGGCAGUAGUGAUGGUGAGGACGACCACCGCCGCAUCGCAGCCCAGACGGUCCUGAGCGAGCUUCACCGCGUGCAGCGGCUGAUCAACGCAUUGUCGCAUCGGCUCAAGGGGCUCAGGCAGCGGAAUGGUGGGAGGGCGCAGCAGCAGCAGCACGCGGAUGGCGCCGGUACGGACGGACACGGAGGAGCAUUCGCUUUCCCCACGACCAUGCUGGAUCAGUUCGAGGUGGACCUCCGUAAGCGCCUCCGGGACCUGUCGACAGGGAUUGUAGACAUGCUGCGGCAGGAGUGA